UGUGCUGAGCUUUAUCCUCACGACGAAUACUAAACCUAUAUUGCAUAUAGGCUGCAGUAGAUACAACCUCCUGGAUUAAAGGACAGAUACAACUUUUACGAUGGCCAAUCUGCAAAGUGAAAAGCUGUUUGAAUAAUCUGGAUCAAGUGUGGGAUGGCUGAGAGAGUACCCACGAUGGAUAGCUCAGAUGAGGAGGAGUUCUAUGAUGCGCCGAAUUCCAUCCUGGAGCUAUACUGUGAGGAAGGAGAGAAAACUUCACCAACAUCAAAGUCUUGUUAUGUUCCUCCUCCAGGAGAAGUAGCAGUUCUUAAUGCUGAAAGCAAAGCCUCGCAUUCUGUCACAGAGCCAAACCCUCCUGUGCAGAUUAUAAUCUGUAAGGUCAGCAGUGAGUCACUCUCUCUGCGUUGGGACACCCCUGCUGGUGAAGCUGAGAGUUACAUUGUAACUUGUUGCCAUGAAGGAGACAUUGUGCAAGAGUCAACAGACACAAACAGACUCACUCUUAGCAACCUGAAGCCAGGGGUGUGUUACUCUCUUCUGGUUUCUACACAAUGUAGGAAUGGAAGAACAAGCAAGCCAGCUGUGACAUCUGCCACAACAAAGACGCAUCUAGAGAGCUUAAUGGAAGAUCUGGGGUUGGAGCAGCUCUACCCUGAGAAGCUAUCCCUGAGCAUAAUACUUCAGAUUGACCAGAAGACCAUUACUGAUGAACCUGCCAAGUGUAACUCAGAUCUCCCAUGGUACUUCCUAAAGAAACUGAUGAUGGUUAAUGUGACAGCAAGGAAUGUGAAAUGUACAGCUGCAUGUGAGUCAAACUUUGGUGCUGCAUCAGGAAAGACAGAGUUAGAUUUUGAUAAUCUGUUUGAAAGUCUAAAUUCAGGUGACAUGCUAAACCCCCUUGACAUAAUCACUGCUCUCUUUUUGUGUUCUGAUGGUUUUGUACGGCAGGAAAUGGCACUCAAAAUGUCUAUGUGUCAGUUUUCUGUUCCUCUGUUGCUUCCUAAUUGUGACACAAAGCAGUGCACACUCAUGCUUUGGGCCAUGAGAGACAUUGUUAAAAAGUACAGACCUCAGUCACUUUCAGAAUCCAAGGGGUUUAUUGAAGACAGAAUUGUUCUCUCUGACCUUCCAAUGAUAUCUUUUGUGAGACUGGGUGAGUGCUCCUUGUCCAAGUCAGAGAUCCUCAAUAAGCUUCUGAGCAAUUCUCAGCAGUACCAUGAUACCUUUGUUCAUCAUGAUAUGGAGUGUGGUGACAGUCCAAGGAGAAUAUCCAAUGGACUGGUUGAAAUCACUUGGUAUCUUCCUUGUGGGAACAAAAACAUGGAUGUCUUCAGUGAGCCAGUAGCUGUAGCUAACCUUCGUGGGGACAUUGCUUCAUUUGAAACACAAUAUUCUUUUUUGUGUCAGACAUCUGCAGCAGUUUUUGUGUUCUUUGACACUUUGGACUCUGAGUGUGAGCUGCUUACCAACAAACAACACAAGGCACAGAUCUUCUUGGUUGGGAACCAUCAAAGCAAGCCCUGCAGUAUAGAUGCUCUAAAAAGAGUGGCAACUAAGUUGGGCUUGACAAACAGCAACAUCCUUUUGAAGACUAAACAAAUGAAUGAUGCAGACUUUGCCAAAAAAUUGCAGAAAACAGUCAUCAAUGUUGUUGAGGACUCAAAGAUGAAGAUGGGGAUUGAGCAGAUGGCUGACAUUGCGCAUGAACUGGGAAUCCGGGUUGAUGAAGAUUCUUCAGAGUGCCAGGCCGCCAAGCAAAAUGCAGAUGCCAUUACUGCUGAAAUUCAAGAUAUCCUUGAAUACAAAGAAGCUCAGCUGCCCUUGCAAGGCCAAAUAUGGAAGGAACUGACUCGCUUAGAGAAGGAAGAAUUUCGGCUUCGAAAUGUUGGGUCUGAAAAAAUAGAAGACUACAAAAGUGAUCUUCAGAUGCAGAAAACAGAACUUCGGCAAAAACAAAACUCUUAUGACAUAUCAAAUGCAAUGACAUAUUUCAUCAACGCAAUAUCAAGCCCAGGGAUAGAGAGAUGCUAUUUCCUGAAAUGGCUGCGAAUGAACCUCGAUAACGUGUCUCGAGAGAAAUUGUCUGAUCUCAGGGAGCAGUACAAAGAAAAAUGCAAAGAUUCUGAAAAAAAAGAAGAAAUCAAAGACAUUGACAGACAACUUUCCAACAGCUCAUUGGGGACUGAACACUUCUUCCGUGAAAUGGGUCAGAUCUAUGAAGCUUCACUAUCCCUUCCAGAAACGAACCUAUCACGUCAACAAUUACAGCAUCUGCCCAAACUAUGUGCACAAUUGUUACUUGAUGGAUUUCCCCUUGAGCUUGUAGAUGGAGAUGCAUCCAACAUACCUCUCAGAUGGGUGAGUGACGUUCUUUCUCAGCUCAAUGACUUGAUGUCUCCUAAGAGCAAGAUACUGGUUGUCACAGUUCUUGGAGUUCAGAGCACAGGGAAGUCCACUCUCCUCAACACCAUGUUUGGAGUGCAGUUUGCAGUCAGCAGUGGUCGAUGCACUCGAGGUGCCUUUAUGUUGCUCAUCAAAAUCAAUGAAGAUGUCAAAAAAGAACUAAACUGUGAUUUCAUGGUGAUCAUUGACACUGAGGGCCUAAAGUCACCAGAACUUGCACAACUGGACAAUAGCCAUGAGCACGACAAUGAGCUUGCAACACUUGUUGUGGGGUUGAGUGAUAUCACCAUCAUCAAUGUGGCAAUGGAGAAUUCAACAGAAAUGAAGGACAUCCUACAGAUAGUUGUGCAUGCUUUCCUCAGGAUGAAAGAGGUGGGCAAAAUGCCCAAAUGUCAGUUUGUUCACCAGAAUGUGUCAGACGUUUCAGCCCAUGAGAAUAACUUACGAGACAGGAAACUGCUCUUGCAACAGUUAAACGAGAUGACCCAGGCAGCAGCUAAAAUGGAAAAGAAAGAGGAGAACAUGAGCUUCACCGAUGUGAUGGAGUACAAUCCAGACACUGGGAACUGGUACAUUCCUGGACUCUGGAAUGGAAACCCACCAAUGGCACCAGUCAAUGCAGGGUACAGCGAAGCUGUGUAUGAGCUCAAGAAGAACAUUAUCCAAAUUUUGGGAAGUUGUGAAUCAUCUGCUAAUGAUAUAUUGGAGUUUACAGAGUGGAUGAAAAGUUUGUGGAAUGCAGUAAAGCAUGAAAACUUCAUCUUCAGCUUCAGAAACAGCCUGGUGGCUGAUGCAUACAUGAGGCUGUGCACAGAAUUCAACAAAUGGGAAUGGGAAUUCAGAAAAGAAAUGUACACGUGGGUUACAAAUGCAGAAACAAGGAUUUACAACUUUGGUACAGUUGCUGGGAAAUCUGAGAUAUCUGACAUGUCAGAAUGUCUCACACAGUUGAAAAGUGGAGCUUGCACAGUGCUGUCUAAAUGGGAGACAAAGCUUCUUGAAAAUCUGGCACAGUACUUCAAGCAAACCGAGGGUCAUGUCUAUCUAGUUGAAGGAUACAGAGAGGACUUUGCAAGCAGUGCAAAGAGUCUUCGACGUGAAAUGGAGAGCUCCGUGUUCAAUCAGCUCACAGCAGCAGCUGACAUCAGACAGGGAAUGACAGAACUUGACAGAAUCAAGGAGAACCACACAAAACAAUUAGAAGAGAGAGUGUGUGCAUUGAUUGAAAAGUGUCAGAAGAAAAAAGUCCAAAUGACAGAAAAAGAGCUGGAUGAAGAAUUUGAUAAGAUGUGGAAAGAAACAGUGAAUGAACUCUCCUUUCAAAAACAAAAGACCACAAAUAUCAUCACAUAUGUGUCCCACUGCCUGAGAGACAAUCUAUCACGCAAGGGAAGUCAUGUAUGUGAAUUGUUAAGUCAAAAAGAGCUGAAAGAUUGUGGACUGAGGCCUUUUAAACAUACUGUGGAUGGAUUUGGUGUUUGGUUAAAACACCAAUUUAGCAAGCUCUUGAACAUUGAAGAUCACUUAAUGGCUUUACAAAACCUAGCCGACUGUAUCAUUGCAAUUUGCACACAGUUUGUGACUGAAAAAAUGGAUAAAAAAAUCAAUUACCAUGACACUUACAUCCAGGAGAUCCUUCACAUGAUUGACGAAAGGCUGCAAAACAAUCAGAGUGUUAAGAUAGAGAUCGAGUUUGAAGUUUCCCUGAAACAGCACAUCUGUGGAAUUGCGGCCAGACAGUUUCAGAAAAUGCAUGAGGAUUUCAUACAUGCAAAUGAUCCCUACAGAUGUCUGAAUCAAAACAAGAAAAAGUUUUGCACUGAUUUUAAAGAUGUGUUCCAUGAACGAGACCAGUGUCAAAAGAAGGCAGAAGAAUUCACGGAUCGCUGCUUGAGGCCUGCAGUCGAAGACUUUGUCAACCGUUCCUUGGGUCCUGAUAUCAUUGGUGAAAUGCUGACAAGUGAGCAGUUCAGCACACGAAUGUUCCUCCAGUAUUCAAUUUUACUGGAGUUGCUGGCAAAGGAUGACUUUGAAAACUAUCUGAGUUACUUUAGCUCUUAUGAGGAGUAUGUAAAGAAACGGAUACUCCACCAAAUAGUGGAGCGCUUCUCAAAUGCGUCUACAACAUUUGAGUUUGAGGAAAAACACGUUAUAUCAAGCAUCAAGAGCAUAAAUGAUGCUGUCAACAAAGCUAAAACAGAAAAGUGUGGCAACUUGAAGUCAUUCGUUAAAAAUGUCUGUCAGGAACUUGGUGGUAAACUGGUCAUUUCCCAAGAUGCUCUUGGUGCUUUCAUGAUUCUGAACAACGCCGACCAGGAACAGUUUGCUGACUGGCUCACCAAGUGCCUGAAGGACAUGGCACAAGUCCUUCGAGUGAAGUUUAAAGAAACAAACAUCCAAAUGAAGCUAAAUAAACUAAAUGUAAAUCCUCAGAACGAGCUUUUCACCAAACUGAUUGGAUGUGGUCAACAGUGUCCAUUCUGCGCAGCGCCUUGUGAGGCAGGAGAAAAAGUCCACACUGAGCACUGGACUUCACUACAUCGGCCACAGGCUCUGGGUAGAUACAGAUGUAGUCUCUCGAAAAUACUUGUCACUGCCGUAUGCUCUAGUGAUGUGGUCAGUGAAAAGACUUUUCAAUGUGAUGCGACAAACUGGGAAAUUCACCCUUACAAAAAUUACAAAGAAAUUUUCCCUGACUGGAAAAUCCAACCAGAUGUAAGCCUUGAGGCAUCAGACUACUGGAAAUAUGUAUUGACAAAGUUCAACAAGAAGAUCGCCAAAGCGUUCAAUGCAAAGCCUGCUGACAUCCCUGCAACGUGGAAAAUGAUCAAAUGCAAGCAAGCAGAGGAAAGCCUCAAAGAGUCAUUUCACAUCAAGUGAGAGAACUUCAUGCUUUGUGGUUUUUGAGGUGCACAUCCUCAUAUAUAUUCAUUAUCCUCUCAUGGAUAUUUAGAUCUUACUUGUUUGAUAUGAUUCAGAGGAGAAUCACAAAUACGAACAUGACAUAACAAGAUGACAAGGUUGAAGAUAUUGUAAGUACACAAAUAUAUUUCACCACAAUAGCUUACAAUAGGAAAAUAU